AUGCCAAGACCUGCAGAUAUACGUUGCCCAGCCAUCAUUGUGGCGCCCCUCCUCCGUCUCCGCCUCACAUCUGUGCUUGGCCAUCUACGUACACCAGCACGAUUCUUGACCACCUCCAGCAUGGCUCCCUCCCACCUCCGCAAGCCACCUCAGGCCCCGCCAGUCUUCACUGCGACCCCGCAGUCCUUGGUCGCUGACGCUGAGCGCUUGAUCGCCAGCUCCCGUGCCAUCCAAGAUAAGGUCGUGGCCGAGAUCAAGCCCGAAGCCGCAACCUUUGACAACAUCAUCCGUCCCCUCGCUCAAAAUGACAACGUUAUGGGAUUGGAAGCCCACAUUCUGGGCUUCUAUCAGGCUGUAUCCACUGAUUCCAAGCUUCGGGAUGCUUCUUCCAAGGCCGAAGAGGUGAUGGAUGAGUUCUUCAUCGAGGCCGUCAUGCGCGAGGAUGUCUUCAACCUGGUUGACGCCGUUCUCCGCCGCAACGAGACUCUCGACCCGGAAUCUCGUCGUCUACUGGAGAAGGAACACAAGGACUUUGUCCGUAAUGGUCUUGGUCUACCCGCAGGAGCUCAGAGACUCCGCUUCAAGGAGAUCAAGAAGCGUCUGAGCCAGCUGAGCAUUGAGUUCCAGAAGAACCUGAACGAGGAGAACGGUGGUAUUUGGUUUACACCUGAACAACUGGACGGUGUACCAAAGGACGUCCUUGAAGGGUUGAAGAAGGGCGAGGGUGAGAACGCCGGCAAGCUUUGGUUGUCGUUCAAGUACCCCGACCUCUUCCCAACCAUGAAGUACGCCAAUGACCCUGAAACCCGCAAGCAGGUGAUGAUUGCCAAUGAGAACAAGUGUAACCAGAACGUGCCGCUCUUCCGUGAAGCAAUUGUGCUCCGUGACGAGGCGGCCCGUUUGCUCAAGUACCCUAACCACGCUGCCUUCCGCAUCGAGGAUAAGAUGGCCAAGACACCUGAGACUGUUGACAAGUUCUUGGGUGAUCUGCGAACCAGACUGACUGAUGGUGGCAAGAAGGAGAUCCAAAAGUUGCUGCAGUUGAAGAAUGCCACUGAUCCCAAGGCUGACGGUCGCUACUAUCUGUGGGACCACCGAUACUACGACCGUCUCAUGCUUGAGAAGGAUUAUUCUCUUGACCAGCAGCACAUUGCCGAAUGGUUCCCCCUACAAACCACCAUCGAGGGCAUGCUGAAGAUUUUCGAGGAGCUCUUCGGUCUUGAGUUUGUCGAGGUCACUGGCGAGGACCGUGCAUCCAUUGCCCCCACUGGCAAGGGCAAUGAUAUCGUCUGGCACGAGGAUGUGCAGGUCUUCAGCGUCUGGAACGAUGAAGGCGAAGGUAGUGGAUUCGUUGGAUACCUGUAUCUCGACCUCUUCCCCCGCGAGGGUAAGUACGGCCACGCUGCCAACUUCAACCUCCAGCCCGGCUUCAUCGACAAGGACGGCAACCGCCGAUUCCCCGCCACUGCACUGGUCUGCAACUUCACCAAGCCGCAGCCCAAGAAGCCCAGUCUCCUCAAGCACGACGAGGUUGUUACACUCUUCCACGAGCUUGGUCACGGUAUCCACGACCUCGUCUCGCGCACAAUUUACUCCCGCUUCCACGGCACCAGCACAGUCCGCGACUUUGUCGAAGCGCCCAGUCAAAUGCUUGAGAACUGGUGCUGGACCCCCUCCCAGCUGCGCUCUCUGAGCAGACACUACUCCACCCUCUCACCGGAAUACCUGGCCAGCUGGCAAGAGGCGCAGACAAGCAACGGCAAGACGACAUCCGAGAAGCCCUCUGAGCGAAUCCCCAACGAGAUCAUCGACAACUUGAUCCGUACUAAGCACAUCAAUGACGCACUCUUCAACCUUCGCCAACUCCACUUCGGUAUCUUCGAUAUGACCAUCCACGAACCCAAGAGCCACGCCGAUAUUGAAGCCCUUCCCCUAUCAGCAACCUACAACCGCCUCCGCCAAGAAAUCACCCAGAUGGAUGGACCGGAAGCACUUGGCGCCGGUAGCGACUGGGGCCACGGUGAAGCGACAUUUGGCCACUUGAUCGGUGGUUACGACGCUGGAUACUAUGGAUACCUGAGCUCACAAGUCUACUCGACCGACAUGUUCUACACUGUCUUCAAGGACGACCCUAUGAACAAGGCUGCUGGUCGCCGGUACAGGUACCAGGUUCUUGAGAAGGGUGGCAGUCAGGACGAGAUGAAGACACUGACUGAGUUCUUGGGUCGGGAACCGCAGACUGAUGCAUUCUAUAAAGACAUGGGUCUUGCUUAA